GCGGAAGUCAUGAAAGCAAAACUUUAAAAAAAAAUCAAUUAUGUAGACAUCCUGUCAGACAUCGUUUCAGAUGAAAAUUUUUCAAACGACACAAACGUUAACGAGAUGGAAAAUCCGUCAAUAACAUCCGGCCUGUCGAAGCCAUCUAUUAUAUGUCGUAUCUGUCACAUGAGCGAAGAGUGUGAAAGAUUACUGACACCGUGCAUGUGUAAGGGAACUCACGCAUUUGUUCACCAACAAUGUCUCGAAUAUUGGCUCAGCCAGUCCGGACUUUCACAUUGCGAACUUUGCUUAUUUCAUUUUGCAACCGCAGAUCAUUUAAGAUACGGCUUGUGGGAAUCCAUGCGAAUCUGGUUCAGUCAUCCAAGCCAUCGUACGCUACUUCAGUCGGACAUUCUCUUAUGCUUGUUACUUUCUAUCAUUACUUUCGGACUGGUGGCUCUUUCCAUGUUCUGCAUGUAUUAUUUAACAGCAACCGCACAUCAUAGCAUUGAAGUACCAUCGCAUUCAAGGUAUUGGACCGAAGCAUCCAUUGGAGUGUUUUUGGGUAUUG